AUGGCCAAGUACGUUUCAGAGAAGAUCAUGAGCUGGAAACUGAGCUCACUGGGCAUGAACAGCGCAGCUGACCAGUAUUUGGUGUACCAUCGAUUUGGAAUGUAUCUUGAUUCAAAGAAAGACUUGGAUCACGAGAAGGCAGUCAAUCGAUUUUUAGAGCGCCUUCACAAGCGAAUGAAUCCCAAGAAUUUACGUCUUUACGUCGACACAUAUCUGGCUCGUAAUGAUUUGACCAAUCAAGUGAAAGAAAAUCUAAAGGUAGACACGAUGAUUGUGUCCGGUUCCUAUCCACAUCUUCUGCACCUAACUGAUGAGCUGCAAGCUCAAAUGGACGCAAAGCUUACUACUCGAGUCAACAUUCAACACUGCGGCUCAGUGCUGAGCGAAGCACCCGAAAUGUUUUCUCAUGAUUUGCUGCUUUUUUGCCAAGGUCUUGGUUUGUUUUCUGCGCUGCCGAUCUCACGCAAUGGCUCCAUCAGCGUUGGCAACUAG